AUUACACAGAGGUUCCAAACGGAAGUGUGUUGUACCGAAAAUGUGGCGCGAGACAUAGCCAAUGUUGUGUGUACAUACACGUUUUUUUAAAGUAAAAACUUUAAAUCUAAAACAGUUCCAUCCACUGCAUUUAUUAUACAUUUUGGGAACUACGUUGUUGUAUGAGACGGGCGGCAUAGGAACCGGCGUUCAUCAAGGCAAAUAUGCCCCGUAGACGACAGAGUGUGCAUUUGGGGAGCGGCUCUGAUGGGACUGAAGAUUCAGACUCCUCUGCAGAGAGAGAACAGACAAACAGCUCAGAGAGUGAUGGGAACAUGCCCAAGAGAACACGCCUCACAAGAGCAUCUCUACGCCUCAGCCAAAGCUCACAAGACACACCAGAUGUGAAGCGAGUCGGCGACCAUGACGAGUCUCCGCCGUUGACUCCCACAGGCAACGCCCCAUCAUCUGAGUCUGAGCUGGACAUCUCCAGCCCCAACGCCUCCCACGACGAGAGUGUGGCCAAAGACCCCGCCCUCAGAGACUCAGACAAGGACCUCUCCCACCGGCCCAAGCGCCGCCGCUGCCAUGAGACCUACAAUUUUAACAUGAAGUGUCCCACACCGGGAUGCAACUCACUGGGACAUCUAACAGGAAAACAUGAACGCCAUUUUGCGGUUUCAGGAUGUCCUCUUUACCAUAACCUAUCUGCUGAUGAAUGCAAGGUGAAAGCAACCACUCGCGAGAAACACGAAGAAGAAUCAAAGGUGCAGGAGGAAAGCAACAGACACGCUACACGACAUCAGAUGCCCACAUCAAAACAGACGAGAUACAAAGAACAGGUGACGGAGAUGAGAAAGGGGAGGAAUUCUGGGCUUCCCAAGGAGCAGAAGGAGAAGUACAUGGAGCAUCGACAGAGCCACGGCAACACCAGAGAACCUCUUCUGGAGAACAUCACUAGUGAAUAUGACCUGGAGCUUUUCAGAAAAGCCCAGGCACGCGCAUCUGAAGAUCUGAAAACGCCACAGGAGAAGCUGCGGAUCCAGGGACAGAUCACGGAGGGCAGCAACAUGAUCAAGACCAUCCUGUUCGGCCGCUACGAGCUGGACACGUGGUACCACUCUCCCUACCCCGAGGAGUACGCCCGCCUGGGACGUCUCUACGUCUGCGAGUUCUGCCUCAAGUACAUGAAGAGCCAGACCAUUCUGAGACGACACAUGGCUAAGUGUGUGUGGAAGCAUCCGCCCGGCGAUGAGGUCUACAGGAAGGGAGCCAUCUCUGUUUUUGAGGUGGACGGCAAGAAGAACAAGAUCUACUGCCAGAACCUGUGUCUACUCGCCAAGCUCUUCCUGGAUCACAAGACACUGUACUACGACGUGGAACCCUUUCUGUUCUACGUUAUGACUGAGGCAGACAACACAGGCUGCCAUCUUGUGGGAUACUUCUCUAAGGAGAAGAACUCUUUCCUCAACUACAACGUCUCCUGCAUCCUGACAAUGCCCCAGUACAUGAGGCAAGGCUUUGGGAAGAUGCUGAUUGACUUCAGCUACCUGCUGUCCAAGGUGGAGGAGAAGGUGGGCUCCCCAGAGCGGCCCCUCUCGGACCUGGGCCUCAUCAGCUACCGUAGCUACUGGAAAGAGGUGCUGCUGCGUUACAUGUACAACUUCCAGGGCAAAGAGAUCUCCAUCAAAGAGAUCAGCCAGGAGACCGCGGUGAACCCAGUGGACAUUGUCAGCACCCUGCAGUCCCUGCAGAUGCUUAAGUACUGGAAGGGAAAGCACCUCGUCUUGAAGAGACAGGACCUGAUCGAUGAGUGGAAAGCUAAGGAGACCAAAAGAGGCAGCAACAACAAAACCAUCGACCCCAGCUCGCUUAAAUGGACCCCGCCCAAAGGGACAUAGGCUGUAGGCUCACCAGUGAGCCACUUAAUAAACUUGACUUUCUUCUACCACACCUGCCAGGAUAGGAGUCCCAUCAAUACCACAGUGAUCUUUCUUCUACCACACCUGUUGGGAUAGGAGUCCCAUCAAUACCACAGUGAUCUUUCUUCUACCACACCUGCCGGGAUAGGAGUCCCAUCAAUACCACAGUGAUCUUUCUUCUACCACACCUGCCGGGAUAGGAGUCCCAUCAAUACCACAGUGAUCUUUCUUCUACCACACCUGCCGGGAUAGGAGUCCCAUCAAUACCACAGUGAUCUUUCUUCUACCACACCUGCCGGGAUAGGAGUCCCAUCAAUACCACAGUGAUCUUUCUUCUACCACACCUGCCGGGAUAGGAGUCCCAUCAAUACCACAGUGAUCUUUCUUCUACCACACCUGUCGGGAUAGGAGUCCCAUCAAUACCACAGUGAUCUUUCUUCGACCACACCUGUCGGGAUAGGAGUCCCAUCAAUACCACAGUGAUCUUUCUUCUACCACACCUGUUGGGAUAGGAGUCCCAUCAAUACCACAGUGAUCUUUCUUCUACCACACCUGUCGGGAUAGGAGUCCCAUCAAUACCACAGUGACCUUUCUCCUACCACACCUGCCGGGAUAGGAGUCCCAUCAAUACCACAGUGAUCUUUCUUCUACCACACCUGUCGGGAUAGGAGUCCCAUCAAUACCACAGUGAUCUUCUAUCCCUAAACCCACCCUGUAGCUGUUCCUUACUUGUUUUUUUUGUGUCUGGAGGAACUCUCUUCCCUUUUUACAUUUCGACUUGUAUUUAUAUUUUAGUAAUAUGUCACCAUGUAACCAUUCAAUCAAUUCUUGGCUGAAAUAUUGUUAAACAAUGAAGGUUACAGAAUGUGAGUUGACGACUUGUUUUAAAAGAUCCACUUAAAGAUGAGCUAUGAAUGUAGGUACAUCUCGUCUGAGCUCUGACACUAGUGGAUCACAUGAGUGUUUUUGCUUCUUUGUCCACAAAAACAUAUAUAACUGACCGGCUGCAGCAUUCCUGGCUAUUUUAUUUCAUUCAACACAGUUGCGAUUGUUUGCAGAGACAAUUACAUUUUUUGAGGGAUGGAAUAUUCAAUAAUCAUCAGCAUGAACUUUGAUACCUUAGAUAUAGCAUUUUGUUUCUUACAAGUAUGAGAUACAGUUUUGUUUUGUAUGGUAGUCCUUUUUGAGUCUAUAUCAAAAUUGUAUAGGUCAUGAAAACAAAUCUUUUUUUUUUCUAGCUUUAGUAAUAUUGGAGUUGGUCCCAUUCCUCUUGUGAAUCUGCCAAAUGAAGAAAUAAAAAAUAUUACAUACAA